AUGCCGUGCCAGCACCAGGAAUACCAGGAAGCCUGCGCAUCAUCGGCCGCUGAAGAUGACUUGGCUGAGCUGCUGACAUUGAUGGAGGAGGACGAGCUCGAAGAGUCGACCAGCAGAGAAAGAAAAGCUGGGAAAGCUGGGACCAACGCACUGCGUUGGUCCUGGCUCCAUGCCCUGGUGAUGAGCGUCGCUUUGCUCGGUCUCUGCAUCCUGAUGGGGGUCGUGAUGGGCAACAUGAGAAGCUCUGGGCGUGGCAGAGCCGAAGCAAGACUAGCGCUGUGGCCAGAGCCAUUGUGGUCAAACCCUUGUGCUGGAAGCAUUCAGGUGAGUGGCCUGGGCACCGUUCCGUUGAUCAACGCGAAAUACAACCUUCCAAGUGACCCGGCGGGCAACGUCUGGAUGGAGGACGCGGCAGUGGUCAUCGCUGACAAAGGCCGAACUUACUGGGGAACUUCCUGCAAUACCUCAGGCCACGAAGAAAACUUCGAUCCAUCUGGUUACGUCGAACUGCAUCUCUUGGGGAAGAGACUCGAGUAUACAACUCACAUCGAUGGCGUCCAAUGUGGCUGUAAUGCGGCUCUCUAUUUGGUCUCCAUGUCUAGAAGUCCUUGGCAGUCAACUUGUGAGGACUACUACUGUGAUGCGAUGAGCAUAUGUGGAGUGCAAUGUCAUGAGAUCGACCUGCAAGAAGCGAACAUGCGUGCAUUCCAUUCCACAUUCCACGACCUGGAGUCGGAGAGGGCUCCCAGCCUUGGAACUGGUGGAGGCGGCGACACCUUUACUGGGCCUCGAGACUUCGGAUCGACACAGUAUGGAGAGGGCAGCAGCUGCAUCGACACGAGGGAGAAGUUCCGGGUAUCGGUGGAGUUUCCUGUGCAUGAAGGCACCGAGGAGCUCAAGAGCAUUGACAUCACCCUGUCGCAGAAUGGCUGCAGCGUGCGGUCAUCUGCGUCGAAGUUCAAGGAUUCACUAGAAGUCCUGAGCAAAGUCUUGAAAAAGGGCAUGACCCCUGUCAUGAGUUAUUGGCGGGACGCAAACAUGAUGUGGCUGGAUGGCAACGGACCGGACGAGGUUGACUACUGCACAGAAGACAUGGAUGCCAACAGCACCUGUGCGAGCACUGUAACCUUUACCGACUUUGCGCUCAGCACCCUGGAACCACGAAUCGAAAUUGAUGAGCCACUGCCUAUUCUGGCCACAUUUUCUUCGUAG